AUGAGCAUCCUCGCUAGGUCCUUGUUCUGGGUGAUCUCCUUCGGGACCCUGGGCUACGGCCUCUUCGCAUUUGUCAAACCUGAUGAUGAACUCCUCAAGAAGUUUGAUGAAGAAUCUAAAUUUACUGAUGCCAGAAAAGUAUCUCAUGCCACAAUAGCUGUACUAAAAGAAGCGGCUAAUCCCCAAUCUGAUAUUAAGCGUCUGAGUAGGCGUGAUGCUCAACGUUUAGAAAAGCUACAGAAAGCACAUAAAGCAAGGGAGGAAGUCGAUGCCACAAAUGAAAAUGAAGAUUAUUUCUCUGUAGCGUUCAAAGUGAGAUCUGAAAAUAUUGAACAAUUGCUCUCUCACAUACCCACACUCGAAACAAAUGUGUUGCCUCAACAUUUUGAUAACAUCAAACGAGAAGUCAAUGAAUUACAGAAGUUUGUGGUAACUUCUUCCUUUUUCCUAAAAGAGUUCAAUAUGCGAAAAUAUUUAGGUAUUGUACAAAAUUUACAAACAAAAUGUUAUGAGUUAGAAGAUAGAUAUGUUCCUAGAAAGAAAUUUGGUUUUACUAGAAAAAAGCUACCCAAAUCGCUGAGUCAAAAACAGAAUUCAAUGGAUGAAAACGACGGAGCUGGAAAGACAGAUAGCAAUAAAUGGGACGAAAAAGUGUUUGGAUUUGACUCAAAAGAAGAUAAGGUUUUAUCUUUAGAAAACGAUGAGUUAUUCCAACGAGACGUUGCUCUACGUAAUUUGAAAAACUGUACAGUUGGUCUGAGAGGUGUGAUGGGGACGUUACACAUAACUAACUUGGAUAACUGUAUAGUGCUAUCAGGACCAGUUACGUCAUCUGUUUUUAUAGAAAAAUGCACGAAUUGCAAAAUUGUUACCGCUUGUCAGCAGCUACGAAUGCAUAGUUCCAUUAAAUGUGACAUAUAUUUGCAUGUAACGAGUAAAGGCAUUGUAGAGGAUUGUAGUGACAUCCGAACUGCACCUUAUAAUUUACAUUAUGAAGAUUUAGAAAAACAUUUCAAUAUGUCGUCACUAGAUAGGAAUAACAACAAUUGGGAUAGAUUAGAUGAUUUCAACUGGCUAGCACCAGAUGUACCCUCUCCUAAUUGGUCAAUACUUGACGCCUCACAACAAAUAUGUGAUUGGGGCGAUUGGUGGUCUAAAACACCCUUAUAAAUUUAUCAUUUCCAUCAUUGUUUAUACACUUCUAUUAAAUAACCUGUAUUCAAAUUAAAUUUUUUAACUACCCAAGAUUCCAGAAUAAAAAAAUAAAAAAAUUAACCAAUGCAGCGCAGGCUUUA